AUGGGGCUACCAGGGACCAGGCUUGGGGCCUUCCGAGCAUAUUUCUUUGGAUAUUUCAUCUGUACAGCCGGUUUCUUGUUUGGAUAUGAUACUGGAAUUGUUGGUGGUAUCCUGGAGUUCAAGUCCUACAUCAAUGAUUUUGGCUACAAGGAUCAAACAACCGUCAGUGCUGUGAUGGUAAGCUUGCAAAACGUAGGCGCAUUCAUAUCAGCCUUGGGUAUCUUCUGGGUGUCUGAAAGGUACGGUCGAAAGAAGACAGUCCAAGCAGCCAUGACCGUGUUCUGCCUCGGUGUGGUGUUGCAGGUGGUACCAUCACACUCACUCGUUUGCUUCUAUAUUGGGCGGUUUGUCGCUGGCCUUGGUCUCGGUGCAGGCACUGCGGUCGUCCCAUCAUAUAACGCUGAAAUGGCACCCAAGGAAAUUCGCGGCAAGCUCGGGUCAGGGAUGCAAUGGUUCUUUGCACUGGGUGUGAUGCUGAGCUACUGGAUUGACUACGCCGUGAAGCUCACCCUGCCUGUCUCUUCGAAGCAGUGGCAGAUCCCUGUUGGUCUCCAGAUGGUGCCAGCCGGAGUUCUCGCACUGGGCCUCUUUGGUAUGCCUGAAAGUGUACGUUGGUUGGCCAAGAAGGGCCGCUUUGACGAAGCAUGGGAGAACUUGAAAUGGAUGCGAGCUAGUGACGGCCCCGAAGUGAAGGCUGAAUUCAACGAAAUCCGUGUUGGACUAGAGGAAGAGUCACGAGCAACUGAGGGCUUCAAUAAGCGUGAACUCCUUGAGCCCGCAAACCGCUACAGACUGCUCCUUGCUGUCUUCAUGUUCUGUGGUCAGCAGUGCACUGGUAUGACUGCGUUGGCUUACUUUGGCCCGCAGUUCUUCAAACUGCUAGUAGGCAACAACACCAACCAAUCCCUUCUCAUCACUGGUCUCUUUGGUGCCGAGAAGUUUAUCACUGUUGGCAUCUAUAUCCUAUUCUUCUCCGAGAUGUGGGGGCGAAAGCCGACCCUUUGGAUUUCAGCCCUCUUGAUGGCUGCGUGCUUCAUUAUUGUCACAGUCGUCAAGGAAACCACGCCAGCGCCCGAUGCAAAAGCCACUCCGGCUGGUAUCGGCAUGGUGGCUAUGAUCUUUCUGACGAAUUCGAUCUACCAAUUCAGUUGGGGCCCAUUGCCAUGGCCAUACACCGCCGAGAUAUUCCCAACACGAAUUCGUGAGAUCGGAACCUCGGUCGCAGUGUCAACACAGUGGCUUUUCAAUUUCCUUUUCUCCCUGGUGACGCGCUACAUGAUGAAUUCCUGGGGUAGUUAUGUUUUUCUUUUCUACGCAAUCUUGGAUAUCAUCAUGGCAAUUAUUGUAUGGUUCUUUGUCAAAGAGACGAAAGGGAAAAGUCUUGAAGAGAUGGAAACUAUAUUCCAUAGCAAGGCUGCAUUUGAUGUUGAUGCGGUCCGACGUGGAACGCUCGGUGCGGACGAAUUCUACUGCCAUCUUUGUGGCGUGAGCUUUAACAUCAUCUUCCGCCUAAAAUCUGGGGAACUAGACGUGCCUGGUCCUCAAGACGGCCAGUUCGAUGAGACGGACGCAAUUGAUUCUACGGACAAUGACGACACGGCUCAAGAUCCUGAUUAUCAACCCCAACAAAAUUAUGAAGACAAUGAGCCAUAUGAAUAUGACUCCGAUUACGAAUCGACCGACUGCUUGAGCCUUGACGGAGAAGGUGCGCAUGACAAGGAAGACAGCGAAGACAACAAUACCGAUACAAAUCAUGACUCCGAACGCCAAAUGUAUUACAAUUGGGUAUUGCAAACUUUUAAUCCCCGAAGCGUCACGAGGGGAGAGCCCGAACUGCGUGUUGGAUACUUUGAUAGUCCAAUGUCGGGCUAUUCGGCUGAUGCUAUCUCACCUGAAGAGGCGAGAGGCUGUCGCACCGCCCAGUUCCUGAUGCAUAAAGACUCUCCGAGGGAUCAAUGGCAGGCUGAUGAGCUGCAUGAGCCCUGGGAGAUCAAUGGAGAUUGGUCUUUAUCCGGGAUUUGUGAUGGAACGCCGUCACGCGAUACGGACAUCCCAACAGUGUGGCCCGUGCGAAAUGGGAUAGAAGAUGUAGAGGCGGACAAUGUGAACUUUGCGGCGCGAGAAGCAGUGCCCGAUGAUAUAGCCAUGCCGUUCCAUCCGUGGUGCUUCGAUAUCUUCUGCCGACAAUCCAAAGUCCAGUUUCAGCACGUCAAUAUUUCAGGCCUCAUGGCCUGGCGUAAUGCAGAGUUUGACUGGAGUGCAUUUAAAUCAUUUCCUCGAGCCAAAGAUGUUAAAAGUUCACAAGACCAGUGGUGGUCCCAUAAGCCUGGUACCGAGUAUUUGGUUGCCAAUCCCCUUUACGUGCCCGGGCUAUCAGAAAUUCUGCUCGCUGCGGUGAAGGAGGAAGGACUUUGUUUCUCAUAUAACCCAUAUGAUCAGAUUAAGAUGUCUCGAUCCGCGACGAACCGCCCUACCACAUCCCACAGCAGCCAGGUCGACGUUUUUUCUUCCCUUCCCGCGGAAAUUCGGCUCAUGAUUAUCGACCUUUUAGGCUCUAGUGACAUCACUAGUCUAAGCAUUGCUUCUAGGGCAUUCACUGAACUCCCGAACAGUGUGUGGUACAGACUAGUACGCAGAGAAAUGCCCUGGCUAUGGGAAGCCUGGGAUGAAUCCGAAUGCAUACACAACCCUUCGCUCUGGACAAAUGUCACAACAGCCGAGAUCAAGUCCGUUAUCAGAGCACGGAGUACCUAUGCCGAGACUUUGCGUGGAGAUUCUUAUACAGAGCAGGCCGCUGAGAGAGUUGCCGAGUGCCGAUUUCCUUUAUCAGUGAUCAUGCCGGGGCAAGUGAAAUUGCCUCGAACGAACACCGAUUGGCGUAGUGUGCUUGUGCAAAUUCAACUCAAUUGGGACAAGCUCAAGGGGUUGCGGAAUCGACAGCGGAUUUGGGUGGAUGUGGAGGAGGUUGUGAGGCGUGUUCGCAAGUUUGAUGUCUAA